GGUGGCGACCGCUGGAAGGGCCGAGUGCGGCCGCGGCAAGCUGGCUGGCUGGAGGGCUGGCUGACAGGCGUUCCGCGCGCGCGCCCGGCGAUGCUGGGGGGCGUCUCUGGGGCCGCGGAGCGCGAGGCGGAGGGCGACGCGGCGGGGGCUGUGCCCGCGCCGCCCGCCAUCGACUUCCCCGCCGAGGGCUCGGACGCCAAGUAUGAUGAAUCUGAUGUUCCCGCAGAACUCCAGGUGCUGAAAGGACCCCUGCAGCAGCCCACCUUCCCUUUUGCAGUUGCCAACCAACUGUUGCUGGUUUCUCUGCUGGAGCACCUGAGCCAUGUGCACGAGCCAAACCCACUUCGUUCCAGACAGGUGUUUAAAUUGCUUUGUCAGACCUUUAUCAAAAUGGGACUACUGUCGUCCUUCACCUGCAGCGAUGAGUUCAGCUCGUUGCGGCUACAUCACAACAGAGCUAUUACGCAUUUGAUGAGGUCAGCUAAGGAGAGAGUUCGCCAGGGUCCUUGUGAGGAUAAUUCUCAUAUCCAGAAGAUCAGAGCAAGGGAAGUAGCCUUUGAAGCACAGACCUCACGUUACUUAAAUGAAUUUGAAGAGCUAGCCGUCUUAGGAAAAGGUGGAUAUGGAAGAGUAUACAAGGUCAGGAAUAAAUUAGAUGGUCAGUACUAUGCAAUUAAAAAAAUCCUGAUUAAGGGUGCAACUAAAACAGAUUGCAUGAAGGUGCUGCGGGAGGUGAAGGUGCUGGCCGGCCUUCAGCAUCCCAACAUCGUUGGCUAUCACACGGCCUGGAUAGAGCACGUCCACGUGGUCCGCAGGCAAGCAGAUAGACUUUCUCUCCAGUUGCCACCCCUGGAAGUGAUCUCCGACCAGAAAGACCCCAGUGCUCAUUAUGAGGUUAAAAGUGAUGGAAGUAACAGCUCAUCCAUUAUUUUUGCCGAAUUCACCUCAGAAGAAGAAAAAUCCUUAGGAGAACCUGGUGUUGAAGACAAUCAGAAUAAUGGAUUGGUGAACUACAGCUCCAGUGUAGUCGCCAGAGAUGCUGGUGACUUCGAAUCCUCACUUGAGCUCCGCGAAAGUGAUGUGGCUGAUGGGUCUUCUAGACCCAUUGUUGGGCGUCGGCUGCCGCUUCGGCAUAACUCUGAACCGGAGGAGAACUUCGCAUCCACUGAGGAAUCUUCUGAAGAAAACCUCAACAUGUUGGGGCAGACAGAGGUGCAGUACCGCCUGAUGCUGCACAUCCAGAUGCAGCUGUGCGAGCUCUCGCUGUGGGACUGGAUCGCGGAGAGAGACGGGCGGGGCCGGCGGAGCGCGGAGGAGUCCGCCUGUCCUUAUGUUAUGGCCAGUGUUGCAACAAAAAUUUUUCAGGAAUUGGUGGAAGGUGUAUUUUACAUACAUAACAUGGGAAUUGUACACAGAGAUCUGAAGCCCAGGAAUAUUUUCCUUCAUGGCCCUGAUCAGCAAGUAAAAAUAGGAGACUUUGGCCUGGCCUGUGCAGACAUCAUCCAGAAGAACACAGACUGGGGCGGUGCAAAUGGGGCGAGGACGCCAACACACACCUCCAGAGUGGGUACGUGUCUGUACGCUUCCCCCGAACAACUGGAGGGAUCCGAGUAUGAUGCCAAGUCAGAUAUGUAUAGCUUGGGCGUGAUCCUGCUGGAGCUCUUUCAGCCAUUUGAGACAGAAAUGGAGCGAGCACAUGUUUUAACAGGUUUGAGGAUUGGACAGAUCCCCGAGGCCCUCGGUAAAAGGUGUCCCGUCCAAGCCAAGUACAUCCAGCACUUAACCAGAAAGAACUCAGCCCAGAGGCCAUCCGCCAUCCAGCUGCUGCAGAGUGAGCUCUUCCAAAACUCUGGAAAUGUUAAUCUCACCCUACAGAUGAAGAUACUCGAGCAAGAGAAAGAAAUUCAGGAACUAAGGAAGCAGCUAAGUCUCCUGUCUCAGAACAAAGGGGUGAAGGGAGACAUGAGAGAUGGGGGCGUGCCCAUCUAGCCGCAAGGGCUCUAUACACAGGGAAGUGGACUUGAACUCUGCUAACCGAAGCAGUCACCUGGAGUGUGAAUUUCCCAUCUUUACUUGGACUUGAACUCUUCAACCUAAGCAGUCACCUGGAGUGUGAAUUCUCGACCUUUACUCAGGUGUAGCUGGUGUAACUCCAAGUGUAUGUGGAAAUCCUCUACAGGGCUCAUCGAAGUGAGGUUCUGACAGUGCCUUCUAAGGCUGGCAUUUUGCACGAAGUUGGCUUCAGACGAACCCUGCUCUCGUCUUUCCUCUGCCCUGUGUGCUCCUUUCCCUGGAUUUCUCACCUUAAUGGCCCCAUCCCUCCAGCCCCUGACCGUGAAAUGCAGGCCUGCUCCUCAGCACUUCUGAGCGCUGCCUGCCGACCGCAUCCUCCUCUAGAGUGUUCUGCCGCAGAGACGCGGUGUGCUCUGAACCUCUGCCGGAGCCCAGGCUCGUGUGCUCGCUGGGCUGUUGGGUGGACAGCUGCCAGCCCCCCCACCCUCCACACUACUGCCUACUCACUAUGAGAUGUCAGCCGGCGGCAUGGUGCACGUCACCCAGCCUGCUCCUGUUCUCUUCACCUUCGCCCGGGCACCACCCCAAAAUCCACCCUCUCAAAGCCCCCAAACCAUUGUCGGGCGGCUGUGCGCUCAGCGUCCCUGCCUUUGCCCUGCGUGGUUCCCACGGGCUUUCUCCUCACAGACCCGCGUCCCCCAAACCUACAUUCCUCAAGGCAGCCAUGUGACAUUCAUGUUUGCACCCCAACGUGCCCGCCGUGUUGCCGGCAGCUGUCAUGGUAUAUCUAUCGCACACAGUGUCCAUGGAUUUUAAAUAAAAUGAAAACCACAAGUUAA